GAAAAGAGCGUCCCUGACACAUACAGAAAAGGAAAAUGCUCUUUUGGGUGUUGGUGCUCCUGACCCUCUGUGCUUUCCUAUGGAAUUAUAAAAGACAAUUGAAGAUCUCAGACAUCACCGAUAAGUAUGUUUUCAUCACUGGGUGUGACACCGGCUUUGGAAACUUGGCAGCCAGAACUUUUGAUAAAAAGGGGUUUUGUGUCAUUGCUGCCUGCCUAACUGAGUCAGGAUCGACAGCUUUGAAAGCAAAAACCUCAGAGAGACUUCACACAGUGCUUCUGGAUGUCACUGACCCAGAGAAUGUCAAGAAGACUGCCCAGUGGGUGAAGAAGCUCGUAGGGGAAAAAGGUCUCUGGGGUCUGAUCAAUAAUGCUGGUGUCCUUGGUGUGCUGGCUCCCACUGACUGGUUGACAGUGGAGGACUACAGAGAACCUAUUGAAGUGAAUCUGUUUGGACUUAUCAGUGUGACACUGAAUAUGCUUCCAUUGGUCAAAAAAGCUCGAGGGCGGGUUAUCAAUGUCUCCAGCAUUGGAGGACGGCUUGCAUUUGGUGGAGGAGGCUACGCUCCAUCCAAAUAUGCAGUGGAAGGCUUCAAUGACAGCUUAAGGCGGGACAUGAAAGCUUUUGGCGUACAUGUCUCAUGCAUUGAACCAGGACUGUUCAAAACAGAAUUGGCAGAUCCAAUAAAGACAACUGAAAAAAAGCUUGCCAUUUGGAAACAUCUGUCCCCAGAUGUCAAACAACAGUACGGAGAAGGCUACAUUGAAAAAAGUCUAGACAAACUGAAAAGCACUACAUCCUCUGUGAACUUGGACCUCUCUCCGGUGGUAGAGUGCAUGGACCACGCUCUAACAAGUGUCUUCCCCAAGACUCGCUACACUGCCGGAAAAGAUGCCAAGACGUUUUGGAUACCUCUGUCUCACAUGCCGACAGUUUUGCAAGACUUUUUAUUGUUGAAAAAGAAAGUAGAGCUGGCUAACCCCAAAGCGGUGUGACUCAACUGACCACAAAUGCCUGCCCUGGGCUAUGAGAUUGACUGAUUUCAGGAACACAUCAUUUCAAUUUCAUUCUUUACCUAAUUCAGCUUGGAUGCAUUUAGAUUAUGCUUCUGUUUGUAAAAGAAGAGUUCCAGGAUCUUUUCUCAAGCCUUCUUUGAAAAUAAAGACAGAGAAGGCCUGACACAGAAGCUGGUCUUGCCUGGUGUGAAGCUUUGCCUGAUUGGUAGGAUGAAAGAGAAACUGAAGAUUCUCCAUCUCCGAUCCAUGAGCUGCUGCCUGCCUCGUGGUGAUUCAGUAAUCCAGAAUGUUAAAAAUUGGCCUUUAUCAAAAUAGUAAGAGAUAAACAGAAUCUUUGAAUCUGAUGUGUUCUGAUAGCUUGCUGAGAAAAACACUCUCAAGGCUGGGAACUCGCUUGGUUCCGAUAAGCUUUGAUAUGAGCAGGAAAAGGAAGAACAAUAAAACCUGAUGUAACAUAGCACUGAUAGAAACUGAGGGGCAGUGAAAAUGAGGGAAAGAAAUUCAAGUAAAACAGGAGAAAGAGACCAGGAAAGAAAUGGAAGGUCUGUGAAAAAGAACAGAUAAGGAGGCAGAGGGACUCGAAUGCAAGCUCCUACUCUAGGGGGACAGAGGAUGGACUUCCUGCUCAAGGUCACUCUCCUCCCCAUACACACACAGCUUUCUGCUGGAAGGCUGGUAGUAACAGUCUACCUUAUCCUUCCAAAAGAAGGAAAACAGUAUAUCUAUGUUUAUUCUGGCACAUGUGAAAGUAAUGGAUCCGGACUACUUGGUGCACCUUAUAUCUGAGAUGGUUGAAAAGUCUGCAUUUUUAGAUGUCACUGAAGCCCACAGAGACAGAAAGCUAAAUUAAAAGGCUGUCUUUAGCCUACAGUUACAAUCCUUGUAGAUCACAACUUGCAGAACUUGUCAUGGUUCUGUAUUGGUCAAUUCUGGGCCUGGAUCCCACCCAUAAGAAACGGUUCCUGAAAUAGUGUUGUCCCCAGAUUUCAGCACCAAUACCACUCACAAAGGUUUGUUGUGUGUUUACAUAAAGCCCAUAUUAGCAGAAUUCCAACACUUUUUGUAGAGUAAUAUGAUGCAAAAGGGCCAGAAAACCACCUAGUGCACGAGUACUUGCACUUAUAAUGAAGAAAAUAGAUAAUAUUUGUUGCUUUAAACAAUGUUCAUUUGAAGGUGUCACUGAUUUUGCUCAUUCCAUUCACCUUUCCAGAAAGUUCUACUUUAAAGAUUUAGUUUUGUUGUUUCUAAUUAUAUGUGUGCACGUAUGUCUGUGUGUGGGUAUGUGCACAUUAAUUAGUACAGGUGCCCAAGAAGGCCAGAAGCAUCAGAUGCCGUGGAGGUGGAGUUGCAGACAGUUGUGAGCCUUCUGAUUUGGGUACUGGUAACCAAAUUCAGACCUUCUGCAAGAGCAGUUACCCUCUUAACCAUGGAACCAUCUUUCCAGCCCUCAGAAAGGUCUUGUGAGAUCAUCUCUGUUCAAGUUUACAUCAGUGGCUGGAAGCUCGGUGCUGUCGGUCUACCUGGAUAUGUAUUUCAUAGUUCUGCUCAUCCUUUUUGUAUCAAAAUAAAAAGAUCAUCACAAGAAAGAAACAGAAGAAUUCUCAAGCAAAUUUUUCCAAGCGGUUGCACUACCUACUGCAAGGUCAUCCCAUCUUAGCCCAGACGCAGUUCACUGUGGGACUUUGGUUUCAUUUGGUUGCAGUUAGCCACGUCACAGCUGAAGCUCAGCAGCACUGUCCACUUAGAGCCCCUUCUUCUCACCUCAAGCAUCAGGUUCUUGGCUCCAUUUCACCACUCCAGAAUCUAUGACACUCUGCUUGUCUAUUUUCUAGAUGUCCCAGGUCUACCGAGACUUUCAGAAUCCAAAGGAAAUACCUUUGCUGCUCUUCCCACCAUUCUAGUUCAGUUGUUCAACUCUGAUUUUCCUUUGUUUUGCCUA